AUGUCUGGUGAGACUAGGACCAAAGGAGCAGAAAAUUGUCCAGUUAUACGCUCACAGCAGCAGAGGCCACAGAGAUGCCGUAAUGAAAGGGCCCAACAUGCAGAGGAAUUGCGGAAGCGUAGAGCCAAGAAAAAUGAGGGAGACCCAGAUAUUGUAAAAUCACCCAGUGACCAUAAGGAGUACAGGCACAUCAAAUUAAAAAAUGGCAUGAAUGUGCUGUUGAUUUCUGACUGGACAAUUGAUGAUUGCACUUCUUCUGAUGAAUCAGACACUGAACUAGAAGAUUUCCUAAUAUCUUCUGGAACAGAUGAGGAAGACGUUCUUGCUACAAAAAUUCAGGAAACUGAGAGAAAUGAUAGGAAUAUCAAGGAAUCUGAGGAUGGAUCUCUGGAUGGUGAAGUUGGAAGUGAAGGAAGUUAUGAUUUUGGAAGUGAUGGUAUUGUUGAAGGUGAUCGUGAAGUGAGGGAAGACCAUGAUGACCCUGAAAUAUAUGAAGAAUUAGUGAAACAAGAAGAUGAAAAUAAGAUGGGCAGUACAGAAAAGCAGGCUGCAGCCGCCCUUGCUGUUGGUGUUGGGAGUUUCUGUGACCCUGGUGAUUUACCUGGAUUGGCUCAUUUUUUGGAGCAUAUGGUAUUUAUGGGUAGCCAGAAAUAUCCAGAUGAAAAUGGAUUUGAUACAUUCUUAAAGAAGCAUGGAGGGUCAGACAAUGCCUCAACAGAUACAGAACGAACUAUUUUCCAGUUUGAUAUCCAAAAGAAAUAUUUUAAAGAAGCUCUUGACAGAUGGGCACAGUUCUUCAUUCAUCCUCUGAUGAUUAAAGAUGCUAUUGACCGUGAAGUUGAAGCUGUGGAUAGUGAAUAUCAGAUUGCAAAACCCUCUGAUGCUAACAGAAGAGAACUCCUGCUUGGAAGUCUCGCAAAACCAGGACAUCCUAUGAGAAAAUUCUUUUGGGGUAAUGCAGAGACACUGAAAUAUGCACCAAAAAAGAAAGGAAUUGAUACCUACGCAAGACUGAGGGAUUUCAGAAAACGAUAUUACUCAGCUCACUACAUGAAUCUUGUUGUCCAGUCUAGAGAAACCCUGGAUACUUUGCAAAAAUGGGUGACGGAAAUUUUCUCACACAUCCCAGAUAAUGGGCUGCCCAGACCGGAUUUUAGUCACCUGAUAAACCCUUUUGAUACACUGGAAUUUCACAAGGUUUACAAAAUUAUUCCAGUGAAAGAAAUACAUUCUUUGAACAUCUCUUGGGGUCUUCCCACACAGGAAAAGAAUUACAAGUAA